AAUCGGUAGUUAGCAGCAGUUAGUCGAAGUAGUUGAAUAAACACUAGUUGAAUGCAAACAUAUUGUUAUUGUUGUGGCGGAAUUUUGAAUCAAAGUUUAAUAUAAAAAACCUACACAUAAUGUCACUGGCAGUGCUGGCACGUGAAGGCCGCAAUGCAGCUAUAAUAAUGGGUGCUGGCGAUAUGAUAGCCCAACUGGCGAUUGAGAAGAAAUCGUUUAAGGAUUACGAUCUAGGAAGAACAGCGCGCUUCAGUGCAAUUGGCUUUUGUAUCUGUGGUCCGGUGUUGCGGCGUUGGUACAUCAAGCUGGACACAUUGGUGGCCAGAGAACAACCCGUCUUUAAGCGUAGCAUUAAAAAAAUGGUGCUAGACCAGACAUGUUUUGCUCCACCAUUCACAUUAUUUCUGUCGUAUUUGGUGCCCUUGGUGAACGGAGAAAGACACACUACUAUUGUGCAACGGAUACGUGAAGAAUAUUUCUCGAUCAUGCAACGCAGCUAUAUGCUGUGGCCAUUGGCGCAAGUGAUUAAUUUUAGCGUAAUACCAAUUAACUAUCAGGUGUUUUAUGUGCAGCUGGUUGCAGUGAUUUGGAAUUGCUAUUUGUCUAUUGCGUUAAAUAAGCAAAAGUAAGCAAAACAUUGUUUAGUUAGUUAAUAUAUAAUUUAUGCUCGUGCCAUAAGAAAUAAAAGUCGAAUAAACGUAUUUUAAACAAUUGACAG